AUGUCUUUGAUUUUAGAGUGCGGCCAUAAUGAAUGGGGUGAAAACUGCGCAAACCGAUGCUCGGGUGCCAAUUGCAAAAUAUGUAACAAAACAAACGGUUGUAUUUGCGAACCAGGCUAUACAGGAGUUACUUGUGAUGAUGAUAUUGAUGAAUGCCAGGAUCCAACUUUCUGCAACACGACAACUUCUUUCUGCCAAAACACAAAAGGCUCCGCCAUAUGCAAAUGUAAAGAUGGUUUCAAAUUGAAUCUACAAAAGGAGUGCAUAGAUAUUGAUGAAUGUUCCGAUCCGAAUACUUGUCAUUCCGCAGCCGAGUGCAGAAACAGCUUUGGUAAUUACAGUUGUCAGUGUAAAACGGGUUACGCAGGAAACGGCAAAAAUUGUACAGAUAUUGACGAAUGCAGCCAGCCCCAAAAAAUUUGUGAUCACAACUGUGUCAAUCAAGUGGGAUCGUACUCCUGUACCUGCAGAAAGACUUACAAAUUACUAGACGACCGGGUAACAUGUAAACAGAAUUCCGGUUUGACAUACCAAGAACGUCUUUACAUCAUCAUCUUCGGUUCCCUUGCUGGAGCAAUCAUUGCCGGCUUACUUAUCUCAUUGUGGUGCUACUGCUUUGGAUGCUGUACUUGUUGUGCAUGUUGUGGACGCUACCGGCAUAGGUCGAGAUAUUUAUCAACAUUUGAACAGGAUAGGUAUCAUCUUCGAGAUGCUUUCGGGUCUUUCUCUUCCGCGUUAAGAGGGGGUAAAGCCUACAACGAACCUUUCGCAGCUGACUCAAUGAAUGCUGCAAAAUACCUCGAAGACUGGGGUAACUUCAGUCCCUACAGCGAAAACAACAGACAAGAAAUUGGAGCAGAUAAUCUCGGUUGGGAAGAUUUAGGAGAUAGUUCGUCUUCCUGGGGAAAUAUCUUCAACCAUUUUGAUAAUGCAGCAGAAGUAAGUCAAAAUUAUUCAUUCAUAAUCAGUGCAUGUCGUUCUUAG